ACGUACAUAAUGAAAAAAAAAAAAAAGGGAAGAGUAGCUUGGCAACGGAUAGAAUUAUAUUUCCUCUCUAUCUACAUUAUGUCGUCGUCGGCACCACCGGCGGCGUCAUUUCCGACGAGUCAGCCACCACGCUUAUUCACAUACCCAAUAUCUCACUCUUUUCACCCACCCCACUCAAACAAUUUCAGACAUAUACAUACACUCCAUUCUGUCUCUAACCCCAACACUCCAAUUGCUCACAUUGACACUACAAAUAAUGAAAAUAAUUUAGUAAAUUCUACUACAGAAAGUAUAGCUCUAGAACAACAAGUUGAAGAAGAUGAAGAAGAGUCUAGAAGGGGCAAUAAAGAGCAGCGUAGAGUGGUGAAAAUAGCUUGGGAGAAGCUUGUUAGAUGGUCUCGUUCUUUACGCUCCAAAGCUAAAACUGAUGUUCUUGAACGUACUAAAAAGGUAGUAGUGUUAGGAGGUGGAUCGUUUGGAACAGCAAUGGCUGCACAUGUUGCUGGUCGAAAGGUUCAACUGGAAGUUAACAUGCUUGUGCGAGAUCCAAAAAUAUGCCAGUCCAUUAAUGAGAAACACUUUAAUUGCAAGUAUUUUCCUGAAUACAAGCUCCCAGAAAAUGUCAUUGCAACAACUGAUGCCAAAACUGCUCUUCUCGGUGCGGACUUUUGCCUGCAUGCUGUACCAGUGCAGUUCAGCUCAUUAUUUCUAGAGGGUGUAGCCGAUUACGUAGAUCCAGGUCUGCCUUUUAUAUCACUCAGCAAAGGUUUAGAGCUGAAUACAUUUAGGGUGAUGUCCCAAAUAAUACCACAAGCUUUGAAAAAUCCACGUCAGCCCUACAUUGUUCUCUCAGGGCCUUCAUUUGCAUCAGAAUUGAUGAACAAAUUACCCACAGCUAUGGUGGUAGCAUCAAAAGAUAAGAAAUUGGCAAAUGAAGUCCAGCAACUUCUGGCUUCUAAAAACCUAAGAAUCAGCACCUCAAGUGAUGUUACAGGGGUGGAAAUUGCAGGUGCACUAAAGAAUGUUCUUGCAAUAGCAGCCGGAAUAGUUGAAGGAAUGAAUCUUGGUAAUAAUUCUAUGGCUGCUCUUGUAGCACAAGGCUGUUCUGAGAUACGCUGGUUGGCAACGAAGAUGGGAGCAAAAUCAACAACAAUUACUGGUUUAUCAGGCACUGGAGACAUUAUGCUUACAUGUUUUGUGAACCUUUCAAGGAACAGAACUGUUGGAGUUCGUCUUGGAUCAGGGGAAAGGCUGGAUGAUAUACUUAGCAGCAUGAAUCAGGUGGCCGAAGGUGUAUCAACAGCAGGAGCUGUGAUUGCACUGGCACAGAAAUAUAAUGUCAAGAUGCCGGUCCUGACUGCAGUUGCUCGAAUAAUUGAUAAUGAGCUGACCCCUCAAAAAGCUGUUCUUGAGUUGAUGAACCUACCUCAGGUUGAAGAAGUUUGAAAUUGUAAAUAAUGAAGAAUGUGUGUGAGCAAUUAAGUAGAGAUCUGAAACUGCAGAUACAGACAAUGCGAUGGCCGCCAGCAAUUCACUUCACCGCGGUAUCAUAUAAUUUUUCUAAUAUACUUAUUGAUUUUAUCAUUUCUGUUGUCAUAUGUAAUCAUUGUAGUUGCCUUUGUUUAUAAAAUUUAAUGCAAUGUCGAUAGUGAUAUUUACAUGACUAGAAUCUCAAAGAGAGUAAUAUAAAUGUUCACUAAUUUGAUGACUCA